GAGCGCAGUGGCCGGGCCGCGGCGACGACCGAGGCGGCGGCGGCGGAGGCCCCCGAGGUGCGGACUGGGUGGCCGGCGGGCCGCGGUGGCCUCGGGCAGCCUCUCGGGCGGCCGGGCACUCAGUCCCCGGGCAGUGGCGCUCAGCCCGCCAGGGAGCGGCGGCGGCGACAGCGGACAGGUUGGCGUGGGGGCAGGGGCGCAGCCCGGGGCAGAGAGGGAGCCCGAGCCAGGCCAUCUCCAGCCAUGUCCGACGAGGCGUCGGCCACCACCUCGUACGAGAAGUUUCUAACCCCCGAGGAGCCCUUCCCGCUGCUGGGAGCCCCUCGCGGGGUGGGCACCUGCCCCAGCGAGGAGCCAGGUUGUCUGGACAUCAGCGACUUCGGCUGCCAGCUCUCCUCUUGCCAUCGCACCGACCCGCUCCACCGCUUCCACACCAACAGAUGGAACUUAACUUCUUGUGGAACAAGCGUUGCCAGCUCAGAAUGCAGUGAGGAGCUGUUUUCAUCCGUUUCUGUUGGAGAUCAAGAUGAUUGCUAUUCUCUGUUAGAUGAUCAAGACUUCACUUCUUUUGAUUUAUUCCCUGAGGGGAGUGUCUGCAGUGAUGUCUCUUCUUCAAUUAGCACAUACUGGGAUUGGUCAGAUAGCGAGUUUGAGUGGCAGUUACCGGGCAGUGACAUUGCCAGUGGGAGUGAUGUACUUUCUGAUGUCAUACCCAGUAUUCCAAGUUCACCUUGCCUGCUUCCUAAAAAGAAAAACAAGCACCGGAAUUUAGAUGAACUUCCUUGGAGUGCAAUGACAAAUGAUGAGCAGGUGGAAUAUAUUGAAUAUCUGAGUCGUAAAGUCAGUACUGAGAUGGGUCUUCGGGAGCAACUUGAUAUUAUUAAAAUAAUUGAUCCUUCUGCUCAAAUCUCCCCUACAGACAGUGAGUUUAUUAUUGAACUUAACUGUCUCACAGAUGAAAAAUUGAAGCAGGUCAGGAACUAUAUCAAGGAGCAUAGCCCUCGUCAACGGCCCGCAAGAGAGGCCUGGAAGAGAAGCAACUUUAGCUGUGCAAGCACCAGUGGAGUGAGCGGUGCCAGUGCCAGCGCCAGCAGCAGCAGUGCCAGCAUGGUCAGUUCUGCAAGCAGCAGUGGGUCCAGUGUUGGAAACUCUGCUUCAAACUCCAGUGCCAACAUGAGUCGAGCACACAGUGACAGCAACCUGUCUGCAAGUGCAGCAGAGCGGAUUCGGGAUUCAAAAAAGCGAUCCAAGCAGCGGAAGUUACAGCAGAAGGCCCUACGCAAGAGGCAGCUGAAAGAGCAGAGGCAGGCUCGGAAGGAGAGGCUCAGUGGGCUCUUCCUUAAUGAAGAAGUGCUGUCCUUGAAAGUGACUGAGGAAGACCACGAAGCAGAUGUAGAUGUUUUGAUGUAAUAAGGGUGAAUUUAUCAGUGUUCUUUCUAAGCAUCAAAGUAUUCUAUCCUUAUUUGUUUACAUGCAUCUUGACCAAACUUUUGGUUAGGGCUGUGCUGAUGUACCAUUAAUAAUUUAGGCCAGUGGUUCUCAGCAGGUGGUCCCCAGACUAGCAGCUUCAGCAUCACCUGAGAAGUUGUUAGAAAUACAUAGUAUUGGGCCCCACCCGAGACCUAGUGAACCAGAAACUCUGGGGUCGGGACCCAGCAUUGUGUUUUAACAAGCACCACGUUAUUCUGCCGCACACUCUAGUUUUAAGAACCACUGAUUAAGUAAAUGUUGUGACUAUUUAAACUUUAGGGUGGUUAAGCGGGCUUUUUCAAAAACUAGUACUUUUACACUUUAGAAGAUUUCAAGGUACUGCUGACAAGUAGUUUAUUGUGUCAGUAUAUGUACAUGUGUAGAGAUAUAAUUCAGUUUCCUUCUUAAUGUUACAAGUUCUUAGUUUACUCUCCUAAGGGCCAUAGCGUAAUUCUCAAUUCCUAGUGGACAUCUUUUUUUGAUGUUGUAGGAGUGGGGUGUGGAUUGCUGUUUACAAUAGUGCCUUCAUUAGGUUUAGUUCUGUUUUUAUUCAUUAUUAACUCAGAGGUGUAAAAGCAGGCCCUAAUAUCUUUCCUGUUAGGUUUGUUUUUGUUUUUCACUUUAUGUAAAUUCAGAAUCCUUUCUGUAAGUGAUAACUACUGAAGAAAUAAUGUUACUAGUAGCUGAAUUUUAGACUUGAUGCUCCAUUCAAAUGGAGAAAGCAAUUAAACAAAACAACCAAUUCUACUUUUCCACUGCUUUCUGAAAUUUUAGGCUGUGAAGCUAUCUCAAAGGCAGAAAGUCUCUGUCUCAAGUUCUUUUUGUAGGUCAUUUUUUUUUUCAGCACAGCUCUAAUUUUAAAACAUUUGGCAUAACAGCUUCUGGCAUGUGAACAGGUAAAUGUUCAAAAUUAACUAAAGCAAACCCUUACAGUUCUGCUAAACUUAAUCGCUAGAAAUACACAAAGCAGUGAGAAAUAGAAAAAAAACCUUAGCUUGUUGGCUGUUAAUAGAACGCUAAUUUUAAAUGUGAAAUCAUGGAGUUUCUUUAAAUGUUUUCAUAGAGAGUUUGUUAUCAUGAACAUUAGAAGUAGUGUGAUUCCUUUUCUUCUACCAUAUGUCCUUUCACAUGGGUUAAAGAAGCUGGAAACUGAUACUACUGACAAUCAAGCUGCUUUCUGACUUUCAUAAUUAAUUUCUUUUCAUUGUGGAUAACUUUUGAGAGGUAAUCAUGAUUCUGUAGGAGGAGUUGUAAUCAAUAUUUUUUAAAACUAUAGCAUCACAGUUUGAAAGGAUUUCUACUUUUUUUUAAACUUUUUAUCAUAUCAAGUAACUCGUUAAGAACAAGAUUAACGACUUAAAUUCUUAAUUCUCAGUUGAUAUAAAGGCUUAACCUUUGCUUACAAUCAUGUGUUUUGAAAAUUUGAUUUCAUUUUGAUUCCUUGAAGGUUAAAGAAUUGAAACUGAGGAUAAAAUUGAUAUAUUGCAGCUUUGCUGAGGUCUGUGGUAUGCUUGUAACAGUUUGAAGACUACUAAAUUCAUACUCUAAAAUUUUACUAAAAUAAAAGUAUAUAUGUGUAUAAGGUUUCAGUUGGAGCAGUCCUUCUCACUUUUCUCUUACGCCCUCUUUGGUACUCCUAACCAGCUUAGAGGGCCCAAGGAGAGCUUGGGGAUAGACCCCAGAAUACUCUGAGGAAGGUGGGAAGGGUCAACCUCAUUGUGUUUUCCCUUCCAAGUGUAGGAAGUGUAAAUGGAGAGAAGAGCAAAUACAGCUGAAUUCUCUGGCUGCUCUUAGCAAAAGCAAAAUUCUGGAGGAUCACUGUCUGUUCUCUUUACCUACUCUUCAAGGAAAACAGGCCACUUUUGAAGACCAUAGAGCAGCACUGAUCUCUUAAAUACGUGGCAACAAUUUACUUGACGGUGACCAGUAAAAGAUCCGAAACAGGGAGUCAUGAUGUAAUAAGACGAAUUUCUCCACUCUCUCAACAAUCACAUAGUCUUAUUACCUUAGAUUUAACUUAAGUCACUAUUAAACAAGUUUACCAAAGCGCCACAAAGCCAGUUUAAAAAGUUUAUCCAGGUUUACGUGUUUAUAGUAAAGUGCACCAUGAAAUUUUGUGUAAAUCUGGAUGCACUGUCUUUACGGUACUACAAAUUAGAGAGAGUCCAUAAAGUUGGUUUGGAGGAGAUUGAAAAUACUUCCUCUGAUUAAAAGAAAAAAAUUGAAACAACUUGGGUUUGCUUGUGAUCAAAGAGGGAGAUUACAGUCUUUCUUCAUCCCCCCCCCAAGAAAAAACCCAGCAGAAAAAGACAAAAAGUUCUCUUGCCUUUGUUAAUGUGAUGUAGUUUUUUCCUGUUUUAAUGCUUUGUGUAAAUAAUUCAAAUUUGAGAUAUGUCUUUCUUAGCAUAAGUAAUAAUUUAUUCAAUCUGGUAUAUCUCUGAGUUCAAUUUAAAACAAAUCCAACUCAAUAUUUUUUCUUUUUAAAUAUAAACCCUAACUGACCAGUUAGUAAAAAUGUGAGACCUAUUUGUCCCAAUGUCCAUUCUCAUCUGUAGAGAAUGGACACGGGAGCAAAUAAGUCUGUCCCUUUAGAAAUAAACCUUGUUAAUUGAGGGCAUGAUAAAGUCCCCUCAGAUUUAUCCAGAAAUAUGUUAUUAGAGAUCUUGUAUGUAUGUCAACUAUAUCUCCAUAAAACUGGGGGCAAAAAAUUUUUCUAGAAGUCUGUCAGUCUCCACCACAGCUUUUUAAAGUACGAACCUUGAGUUAAACAAAAUGGCAUGUCUUUUUCUACAGUUUUGCAACUGAAAGUAAGGCAUUGCAGUAUAAUGUGUAGUGGAGUAUGAAGGGCUAAUACAUUCUGUCACAAGAACUUAGAGUAAAAUAACACUUUUUUUCCAUGAGACUUGUGUCGUUUUUUGUUAGGCUGUGGCAGUUUUGUCCAUUUCCAUUGGGUUAACUGAUAUUGCUGAAUUAAUCCCAGAAACUGACUUGUAAUUUAAUGAUGCUGUGGAUUAGAUGGAUAUCUCAUUUUAUUUAGAAAUCUCUUAAAAGUGCUAAAUCCCCUCAUAAAGGAAAAAUUCCAAGAAACUACUAUAUAAAGGUAUCCAGAUUCUGAUGAGCUUUAAAAAUUGUGAAAUUUAUCAAAUGUCUUCAUAAUUAAGCCAAAAAUGUUAGUACAUGACAAAUAUAGAAGUCUUAUUCCAGAUUCUCUAGCAGAGAUUUUUGUUCGUGGCUUACUCUCUAUAGCCGCAUGUGCCUUAAAGGUGACCUCUGUACUUUUUGUCCAUAUCAGGCUUUUCCCAACUCAAAAAUAAUCUAGAUGUUGUAAUUCGUUUUAUAAAAUGCCCAUGCUGUUGGAUAUCAGUAAGCAAAGCCAUUAAAUUGAACCAGUCAAUGGUAGUAGAGUAUAAAACAAAAAAACACCCUUCAGAUCUUAAAUUUCAUUUGCAUAACUUUAUUUUUGGCCCAGCUAGGUCAUUGAAGAACAUUGAUAUUUAUCUAAAAUAUAGCUUAAUGUAUUCUUUUAAUUUUUUUCCCUGAAAAAGGUUAUAAGCCAGAAUACUUUUAAAACUAGGUAACUCUCAGUAUCUGGAAGAGAAUUUUCAAGGCAAAAGUACUUCAAGAACAGAGAUUAUAUAGCAAGUUGAUUUCCUCGUGACCUUUAGGGAUUCUUUGCAUUCAUUUGUGUGAUAGCUGGAAGACUCCCCUCCCCUUUAACAAAUUACCUUUCAGCACUUUUAUCUUCAAGGAAAAUGUUUGCUUGGAAUUGGGAGGGUGUUAAAGUCAGUUUAUAGUUUGAGAUGGUUGAUAGGAAAAUUCCCAGUUGCAUUCAAAUAAUAGUAUUGAUGUUGAGCACAGUGACAUUCAACAUAGCUAAACUUAGAGGUAAAUUUAAUCCUUAAGAGGACUAGAAGUUAGAAAAUAAGUAUUUGUAUACACAUGUACUGUGGUAACUUUGGAUUCGUUUUAAGUCUGACAAAGUAAGAUAAAUUUUAUCUUUACAAUGAAAUUAUGCUAAGUGGGUGAGAAGCAUCUGAGAUAUUAGACCUAGGCAUCUCUGUCAGCGUGGUAUCUGGAACAUAGCUCCUUAGAAUGCUUAAUUCUUAUUUCUUUGGCAAAUAAUUUACUUAUUCCAAAAGGCUUAGAAGGAAUUCUGACAGUUCCUCUAAUUAACUGGCUAUUAAGAGUAAGGAAGUUGCAUGGUAUAGCUGAAGAUCUGAGUUGACUCCCUAAAAUUGUAUUUUCAUAUUUUUUCUAAAUUAAAAUUGUUUUCAGCCCCCCUCACAAUUAUGUUUUAAAUUAAGGUUAUUAAUGAUUUAACCUAGACCACAUGAUGGUAAAUUAAUUUUUAAUUUGACAUUCAGACUGAACUCAGACAAACUGCUUUGGUCUUCUCUGAUUUCAAUAUGCAGUACAUUUUCUUUAUUGUCAAAUUUCUUUAUUACAUCUUUGUGGUCAAUGGAACCUGUGGAAAUCUGUGUUCUUUUCUUGUGGUGAGGGAUGGGGGUAGAAAAGAAAAUUGCUCUAAUUAUACUUAUGCAUUUUGACUAUAUAAAGGUAGUUGUAGAAUUAAUAUGUAUAAAUGACAAGUUAACACUUACCUAUUCUGAAUUGUUCUAAGGAACAGUGGCCUGAAGCCAUGGCUUGUUUCGUGGAGCUGCUUGCUCUUUAAUAGUAGCUGACCAAUUGGAUUUAAGUUGAGACUUUGGGGUUAGGCUAUCUAGCUGAGGCUUUUAGGAAUGGAGCAGACCAUGUCUGUUCCUGUAGUGUAUCAAUUUAAUUUCCUCUUUGAAUAUUCUAAUUUAGAUAUAGGUAUUAUCCAUUCGAAAUCUUUGUGUUGGGAGUUUAAUAGGACUGUUGUCACCAACUAUUAAAGAUAAAUAAACACAGGUAUAUGUAAAAACAUUUCACAGAUGGUUCAACAUUUCAGUUUUUUUGUUUUAGUUUCAAAGGUUAGUUCUGUAGCAUCCAUAUCAUAACCAAAGCAAGUAGGAAGUUGGUUUGGAGAAUCUUCAAGUAGUCUUAAAUACUGUAAUGUAUCAGAUUGUUAACCAGGAUUAUUUUCCUGUAUUUCUGCUAAAUGUAUUACUAUAUUAAUGCACUUUUGUAUAUAUAACUGUCUUCUGUACAUUCUGUACUUACUACAAUGUAUAUAAAAGCUGUUUUUCCUGAAGCUGUGAGGGAAAAACAAUAGCUGUAACACAAGUCGUUUCUAUUUUGAGUUCCUUCCUGUACUUGAAAGUAGUAGUUCAGUAGUUAAAUCUAAAUGAGUAUGUAUGGUUGUAAUUAAAACUGGCAAUGUGGCAGAGCUGUCUUUUGAAACUGAAUAUCAGAAUGAAAAGUGUUGUUUUGGUUAUUAAGAACAAUUGUAAUAUUUUAAUUGUUUCUUUUGAUGUAUCAUGAAUUUUUACAAAC